AUGAGCGGGCGCGGGGACGAGAUGAAGGAGGAGGACCGGCCCGUUUUCCGGGGUCGCCUGCACCAGCUGAAGAGUCUGCGGCCGGGCGCGGAGGACGCAAUGAGCCACAGCCCGCAGGAACCAAACACCAGAGGCGGCCUCUUCAUGGACGUCGGCUUCGCUCUCGCGGCGCCGAGGCGGCGCGCCCCCGCUGCGUCGCGCGGCCCCGCAACCCGCCCGGACACAACACCGGAGUUCGCCACAGAGCCGUCCGUCGGGCUGACGCCGCUAGGCCGACCGCGCAGGCCCCUCACGGCGACGAGAAGGGGCAGGGGUGCCGUACCGGGCGGCCAGGACGGAGGCGCGGCCGACGGCGAUGCGCGGUGGGCGUCUGGGGAGCGGCACGGACCUGCGCGGGGCGGGGCUGCGCCGGCGCAGUACGCGCUGCCGGUCGCUGCGCCCGCGGACGUCGGAGCGUCGUCGGACGAGGGCUCUGACGUCGGCGGAGCGGGCGCGCCCCGCGUUUCGGGCAACGACGAAGCGACCGCAGUUGCGACUCGCGCGCAGCGCGUGGCGGCGCAGAACGCGGUGGCGCGCGGGGAUGCAGGGCGCGCCGCGGAGCCUAGCGGUGCAGGGUCGCCUGCUGGUCCCGGUGCGGGCAGCGAGCGGGCGCGGGAUGGACCUGCGACACCCCCCCCUGACACAGCAGGGGGUGUCAGCGGUGCCCGAGGGGGAGCCGGCGCGAAGCCGCGAGUACCGGAGGCAGCGGCGGGCGUCGCGGGCGUGCGCGAGCGGGAGGAGCGCGGUGCCGCGCAGCGGGAGAGCGACGACAAGGGUGCCGUGGGGAGUCCGGCUAACGCCGCGCAGGGCGCCUCGGUGCGUCCGAGCGAGGCCGCCGCGCCGCGUGCACAUCCACAGGGCGCUGUCGGCGCCGCGCACGCGGCGCCUGACGUCAGCACAGCGUUGAGUCCCCUCCCGGAGCAGGGGGAGUCGCCCAGGGCGUCGAUGCCGCAGAGCGUGCACCCACCGGACAGGCAGCGCGUGUCGAACGCAGCGGACGACGAGGACGACGCGGACAGCCCGCUGCAGCCGACGUCGAGCGCGGUGCCCGCCGAGCUACACGUACGACUAGCGCAGGCGCGGGAAAAGGACCAAGCGGCGCGGGAGUCGCGUUCUGGAAGCGAGGACGGUGCGUUGAAGCGGGGGAGCGGGCGCGAGACGCGCCGCAGCGGCAACAGCGACGGUUCGGGCCGCCAGGGCGGGGACAGUCACCGGGGGAGUCUCGGAACACCCCCCCGCCACAGCGCGGCGGGGUCGUCCAGGGGGUCGCACGACGCGCGCGCGGGCGGAGCGACGAACAGCGACAGCGACGGCGGCGCGGCGCCGAGGACGCCCCAGCGCGCGGCGCAGCGCCCUGCGCGACCAAGCAGCGUGUCGGUGCUCGCACGCCCGACGCAGAGCGCCGCGGAGUCCCAGCCGAGCCCAGCGGUGUCCACAGGGAGACCACCGCGGCCACGGCCUCCGCCCUUGCGAGAGUCCCCCCCCGCGGAGCCCCAGUGGCCUCCGCAAUGGCCCCCCUCCUCCCCAUCACUCCCCUCCACACCAGAGUCCUCCUCCUCCGAGUCCCCCUCUGCGGGCUCGUCCGAUGCGUCGUCUUCGGAGGAAGACGCCCCGCCGCCCGCGCCGGCCGCCCCCGCCGCCGACACCCCCUGGGGUGUCCGUGUUGUGGGGGGGGGUCCCAGGCCGGGCGCGCUCCCGCCGCGCCGCCCAGAGUCGGCUGCGCUGCGCGGGCGCGUGAUCCGAUCCGACGCACAGGCGGGCGCGAGCCAGCCCGAGCGCCCCGCGACCGCGCCGGCGAACGACGGUGCACCAUCACCCGCGACAACAACAAACCUGCCCGGGCGCCGGCUUGUGGCACCGCCCGCGAGAGCGUACCGCCGGGACAGCGACAAGCCUGCCGCACCGGCGCGCGCCCCGAGCCAACCACGCGAGGAGAGCGCCACGGAGGCCCCGCAGCCGAUCCCGCCGCCGCCGCCACGCCCACGCCCUCCACGCGCCCCGGCGCCCGCUGCCAGCAGCGACGCAGGCCCCGACGCGCAGAAGCCGCCGCCAGCUGCGGGUGCCGCGCCGCUCAGCUCGCCCCCGCCCCAGGAACGGUCAGCCGGCCGUGACCUGUCAGGCCUGCCCUGGGAGCUCCGGCAGCUCCUCGGCGCCGCCGGAAAGCCGAUGCCCGAGGCAGGCGCGAAGCCGCGAGCUCCCCAGGCACCGGCACCGCGAAAUCCGCAUGCCCCGGGAAACGUCGCAGCGCCGUGGGACGCAGGACGUGCGCUCGGGUCGUCGUCGGCGCCCGUGCGUCCGCCGCCGGGGCCUGAGAUCGUCCCGGCGGCCAGUGCCGGCAGGGACAGGCAGGAGGAGCCGCCUGAGCGUCUGCGUCCGCGGCCGCCGGACGCGUACAAGCCGUCGGACGCCAUUCGCGCGAAGCUUGCGGCGCUGGAGGCAGAGGACCCCAGCAGCAGCGACAGCGACGGGGACUCGAGCGGGCGGGGCAGCACGAGCCUCGCGGGGCUCUGGGGCGUGUUCGACGUCGCUGCCGCCCGCAUGAAGGCCAAGCUCGCGGACCGUGUUCCUCAGAGACCCCCGGGGGACGUCUACGGCCCGGAACGGCCGCCGCCGCCGACCACGGCGCCGCCGCCCCCGCCACAACAGCCCGUGCGCGGCGACAGCUACCGCGGGGCGUUCCCGGCCAGCGGACCCCCGGACCUGACGCAGGACGCAGGGUUGGAAGCACAACCCUCCCGUGGGGGUGAAACGCGCGUCGAGGUGUGGUCGAACGACUUCGAGAGCACGAGCGGCAGCGAGUCGCCGAGCGCCGGCGGCAGCGACGCCGAGAGCAGCGCCAGCGAGCCAGCGAGCGCCGCCGCCGCCGGCGAGCGGCAGUCACGCGCCCUGGCGCGAGAGGAGUCCUCCGGCCCGUCGCGGCGCAUCGAGCGCGGCGCCUCGCUGCCGGUAUCGUCCUGCCCGCGCUCGUCGAUCAAGUCGGAGCUGUCGUCGAACUACAGCGAUGAGUCGGACCGCUCUGGACACUCGGAUCCGGUACCGCCUGUGGGGCUGGUUGUGCCGGCGGUAGGAACGUCCGGGUUCGUUCCGCCGCCGCCUGAGCCGGUCGCGGACGCGCAUGUGCCUUCGGAGUCGCCGGAGAAGGUCGCGGACCCUGGCCCUGCGUGGCUCGGGGAGAGUGAGCGCGCCGACGACAGGGGGGGGGUGCCGGGGGCAGAGAAGGCCGCGGUCGGGCCGGCGACGGCGGCGCGGAAGCUCAGAUUCGCGGAUGAGGCGGGAGCAGCCGGUGGCGCGGCGGAGGAGGCUGCGGAGGUGGACCCGCAGCGCGUCAGCGCCGGCGCUGACGAAGCAGAGCAGCAGGCGGCGAGGGACGAGCGCGGAGGCCAGGCGGCGAGCGCGGACGAGGCUGAGUCGGCCGCACCUGACGCGGCGAGGGCGCCGGCCGGGGAUGCGGAGCAGCGCGCUCCCGGGGCGGGCGACGAGACAUCCGCGCCGGUGUUGGACACGGAUCGCCGCGAGGAGCCGCCGCGCGCCGCCGGGGUGCGGCGCCGCGAGGCGUCGCCGGAGAUUGAGCCCGUGGGCGCCCCGAAGCCGAAGGCUGCGAAGCCGCGGCGCGACCGCACCGCAGGGGCGACGGCGCGCCUGCGUUCGAUGGCGUGGCGCGACCUGGACGGGUGCCCGAUGACCGGCCGCGGCAUCAACUGCCUGUCGAGGGGCUCCUCGAUGGUGUACGCGACGGGGCCGGCCCCGAACGGCUCCCUCGCGGCGGCCGUGCUCGACUGCGCCACCGGCGCGUGGAAGACGAUGCAACAGCCACAGCGCGGCGGGCCGGGGGCGGUUCCGGCGCGUUUCGGCGCGGGGCUCGUCGGGCUCGCGGCGUCGGAGGAGAGCGGGGCGCUGCUGCUGCUGAUCGGCGGCGGGGAGGAGGCGAGAGGGUUGCCGGUGGGGCGCGAGCGCUUUUUGGUCCAGGUGCAGAGUUCCGGCGGAGGGAUGCUCGGAUGCAAGUACCUGACGGCGACGACGAGCGAGAUGCCCGAGCCGCGGCGGGGCCUGGCGGCCGUCCCGCACAAGGACGCCGGGGGCCGCGGGGGGGUGUUUCUGCACGGGGGGUACAGAGAGGACGGGUUCGUGAUGUCGGACACGUGGAUCCUGUGGACGGACAAGCUGGAGUGGGAGCGCGUGCGGCCGGCGAAGGGCAAGGAGCCCGCGCUCGCCGACCACUGCGCGUUCCGCAUGGUGCGCCGGCCGUGGCUGUUUGGGGGCGUGGGGCACCGGGGGCGCGCGAUGAACAAGCUGUGGUCGCUCGACGCGACGCGCAGGGCGUGGACGGAGCAGAUACAGGGCGGAGAUAUUCCGUCCUCGCGGCACUCGGCCUCCUGCGUCACGAUCGAGAGCGGCGCGCUGCUGUACGGCGGCUUCGACGGCUCGAACGUCCUCGGCGACCUCUUCCACCUCUGCAAGUCCUCGCUCGUGUGGUCCCGCGUGACUCCCCCCAGCGAGUCCCCCCGCGCAUCCUUUGGCCACGCUGCGUGCUGGCUCGGCGGCUCCAUGCUCGCCAUCGGCGGGGUCCGCGCGCCGAAGGACGCGCCCGACGACGACGAGCUCGGCGCGAGGCUGCUCGGCCCCCGCACGCCCCGUCCGCGGCUCAAGAUCCCAAAGGGCGGCCUGACAACUAUGGCGCCAGUCAUGGUGGGCUUCUCCCAGGUCCCCGACUCCGACCUGGAGCCGCAGAUCAGGUGGGCGCGCGUGUACCGCGGCCGCAGGGGCCGCGAGGUCAUCCAGGGCGCGACCGCCAAGGCAUACAUCCCCUCGGCGGACGACCUCAACUGUCUGCUCGAGGUGUCGGUGUCGUGGCCCGGUGCGCUGUCGCUCGCCGAGUCGGUGCAGUCGGACAUGCCCGUGGCGGCGGACCCGGACGUCGCGGAGGUCAUCAAGGAGCUGCUCGCCACGCGCUGGGCCGAGUUCUCCGUCGACAUCAUCACCAGGAGCGGCAGGGUGCCCUGCUACCUGCUGCUCAACCCCGACACCAUCAAGGUGGUGGGCGACGAGGGGGUGAUUCUGAAGUCCCGCUUCCACCCGUCGUUCCGCGCGCACCUGCCGGUGUCCGACCCGGCCAACAUCGUGCUGCAGCUGCGGCCCGGGGUGGCGAUGGCGUUCCGGUGCGCGCCGGCGGACCGCGACAUCAUCGCGCUCGUCGCGCGGGCCUUCUGGGCCGAGACGUCCGAGGCCUGGGUGGCUGUUGUGUAG